GCGCCGCAGGCGGAGGGGCGCGCGGAGAUGACGCAGACAGCACCGGAAGCCGCUCCCCAGUGAGGUUGCGGACCCGGAGCGGCGGCCGCAGGUCCAGGCGCCAUGGCUGCCGAGCGGACCCGGCCGCUGCGAGGCUCUGGCGGCCCGAGCGCGCCUAGUCGGUGUGAGCCCGGCGCGAGGUCCCGGGCCCCGGGGCGCUCGCUCAGGUCAGUGCCGCGCGGAACAUGGCUCCGGGAGCAGGGGACCUGGGAGCAACGAACGGGGUGAAGGGAUCUGGAGUUGGCUGAGAGCUGGGAAAAUUGAGUGUCGGAGUAAAUUUUUCCAUAACCUUAUGGAGAGAAAGGACUUUGAGACAUGGCUUGAUAACAUUUCUGUUACAUUUCUUUCUCUGACGGACUUGCAGAAAAAUGAAACUCUGGAUCACCUGAUUAGUCUGAGUGGGGCAGUCCAGCUCAGGCAUCUCUCCAAUAACCUGGAGACUCUCCUCAAGCGGGACUUCCUCAAACUCCUUCCCCUGGAGCUCAGUUUUUAUUUGUUAAAAUGGCUCGAUCCUCAGACUUUACUCACAUGCUGCCUCGUCUCUAAACAGUGGAAUAAGGUGAUAAGUGCCUGUACAGAGGUAUGGCAGACUGCGUGUAAAAAUUUGGGCUGGCAGAUAGACGAUUCUCUUCAGGACGCUUUGCACUGGAAGAAGGUUUAUUUGAAGGCUAUUUUGAGAAUGAAGCAAUUGGAGGACCAUGAAGCCUUUGAGACCUCAUCAUUAAUUGGACACAGUGCCAGAGUGUAUGCACUUUACUACAAAGACGGACUUCUCUGUACAGGGUCAGAUGACUUGUCUGCAAAACUGUGGGAUGUGAGCACAGGGCAGUGCGUUUAUGGCAUCCAGACCCACACUUGUGCAGCUGUGAAGUUUGAUGAGCAGAAGCUUGUGACAGGCUCCUUUGACAACACUGUGGCCUGCUGGGAAUGGAGUUCUGGAAGCAGGACCCAGCACUUCCGGGGGCACACAGGGGCGGUGUUUAGCGUCGAUUACAAUGAUGAACUGGAUAUCUUGGUGAGUGGCUCUGCAGACUUCACUGUGAAAGUAUGGGCUUUAUCUGCUGGGACGUGCCUGAACACACUCACUGGGCACACGGAAUGGGUCACCAAGGUGGUCUUGCAGAAGUGCAAAGUCAAGUCUCUCUUGCACAGCCCUGGAGACUACAUCCUCUUAAGUGCGGACAAGUAUGAGAUCAAGAUUUGGCCAAUUGGGAGAGAAAUCAACUGCAAGUGCUUGAAGACAUUGUCUGUCUCUGAGGAUAGAAGUAUCUGCCUGCAGCCCAGACUUCACUUUGAUGGCAAAUACAUCGUCUGUAGUUCGGCACUGGGUCUCUACCAGUGGGACUUUGCCAGUUAUGAUAUUCUCAGGGUCAUCAAGACUCCUGAGAUAGCAAACUUGGCCUUGCUUGGCUUCGGAGAUAUCUUCGCCCUGCUGUUUGACAACCGCUACCUGUAUAUCAUGGACUUGCGGACAGAGAGCCUCAUUAGCCGCUGGCCUCUGCCAGAGUACAGGAAAUCCAAGAGAGGCUCAAGCUUCCUGGCAGGCGAAGCAUCCUGGCUGAAUGGACUGGAUGGGCACAAUGACACGGGCUUGGUCUUUGCCACCAGCAUGCCUGACCACAGUAUUCACCUGGUGUUGUGGAAGGAGCACGGCUGAUGCCACGAGCUACCACGGCCGACUGACUUUGGGUGCCGGGGCUGCGGGUUUUAGUGCAACCUCUGUGGCAGCCGACUGCAUGAACCAAAGUUCUCACCUAAUGGUAUCAUCACGCAGUGCACAAUCAUUUAUCUAUGUUUGCCAGGGGGCCAGGGCUCGGGGCGGGGGAGGGCUUGUUUUAUUGACUUACAGUGCAGCAUGCUAAUGGGAUACACCAUUGACUUCAUUGUACUUAGUUCUGUUGGUCAGUAUGAGGAUGCAUUUUGGGUUCAUCUUUCUUGAAUAUUGGUUUUAAGUAAAGAAAGUUAAAUGGUUCAUUAAUCUGCUAAUUGGUUGCCUAUAAAAACACAUUGUCUACUAUUAAAGCUUUUUUACCAUUGCCUUUUUUCUCUUGAAGUUGAAGCAAAGGUGCUAUGAUGUUGUAGCAGCUCCUCUCUCAUGGGCUGAGCUUUCACAGCAGCCAGUGUUACAAAGACCAAGUCCCGUGACACUUGUGAACUCGUCACCAAAUACCACUUCCAGAGAAAGUCUGUCUUUGAGUGCAGAUCCACUUCUAUAAAUUGAUUGUUUGGAACUCAUGCUAAACCGAGAGUCAAAGUUGGCCGUGUCUAAGAUGUGAGGGAGUUCUGUAAUUCUUGCUUCUAUGUGGAGCGAGCCGGGCCUCAGUGCCCCACUGCCUGGCUGCCUGCACUGAAGUGACAUGGUAGAGUAAAAGGGCACUGAGCUGGGAGAUUGAAGGCUGGCUCUGUUACCUGGGAACCCUGCGACCUCAGGCAUAGUGCUUCUCUGCGCCCCAUUUUCCCUGUCUGUGUAGCCAGGUGUUAAGCUAAGUGAUUUCUAAGAUUCUUUCUGGUCCUGUGUUUACUGAGGUCUGCAAAAGUUGAUUAUUUCUGUUUUGUCUGAUUCCUAAUUGUUUCUUUUGGGUUGGAGAUAAUAUUUAAAUGAAAUCAUUGAUACAAAGUUGUUAUCUAUAAGGAAAUAAAAUAUAUGAAAAUGAUGGAUAAAAGGGGAAUGUGGAAAAUAUAACACUUUCCACUUAGAAAAUGUAAAUGAUUGGUGGAAGAAAUGCUGGUGGAGGCGCGGUUCCCUAGAGAGGCAACAGCAGUGCUGUAUUAGAAAGAAAGCUACCUGAACCUCACUUUGCUUCCUCUUUGGCCUCUCCCUUGAUGUGUGGCCGCAGGCAGGUUAACUUCCCAUCCCUGGGCCUUCAUUUUCUUCAGCUUUAAGAUGAAGGAAUUGCCCUAGAUUAGGGUUCACAAACUCAAAUGCCCAGGGAGCCAUGCAGGUAACACAAAUGAGUGAGACACGUGGGGUAGGAGUGAACCCUGGGAAACUUAUCUCAUGGGCAGUUAGUCCUCUCUCACUGUCAGCAGAAACGAGCCCAGUGGUGGCGGGUCUUCUGAUUUUUCAGGACGAAGUAGAAAUCCAGAUUUUUAUUUGAAAUUCCCUGAUUUCAAAAAUGUUGACCACUAAUUGAAGAUAAUUUAAAAUACAGUGGGCUGAACAAAGCCUGUCUAGAGGCUGCCAGUUUGUCUCCUCCACCCUCUCAUUCCUGUAAAGCUCGGUAAUUCUGUGAUUCAGCAGUGGAAAUGUUUCAGCAUAAUAGUCACAAACAUUAGAGAGAAAGUAGAGGGAGCAAGCAGAAGGAGAAGAUCAUGUGCUCUUCAGCGGUUUACCGUGGUGCUGUGCGGGGGGCGGGGAGGGGGGCCCGCAUUGCAUUCGUGGAACAAUAGGAGAGCGGUGUGAAGAUGACAGUGAGAACUGAACCCCGGUGAGAACCUGUACCUGGGAGUGUGGGUUAUUUAUUCCUCUUGCCGACUCUAGUGUGAAGCAUAUCUAUCUUAAAGGUAGGAAAGGGGUGCUGGCUGAGAAAGAUGCAAACUCUGCAGUGGAGACCCCGUGCUCUCGUAGUCUGUAUUAGCUCAGAGCCUGACGGUGGACCCCUGAAUGCUGGGAACUUUAUAUUUUAGAGAAUUAAUGGUUGGUUUCAAGAACAGGUUUAGUUAAUAUCCAUGUUGAGAUUCUAAGGAAAUAGGUAAAGGAACAAAAUUUUCCUCCAUCCCCCAAAUCUGGGUUUAAUCCAUCUCACGCUGAGUUCUGUGCGUGAGCUCUGCUUGAUGCUCCAAGGAACGGAACCAGAAUUGCAGCUGGAAUCUAUUUUGCAGGAGCUGCAGGAGACUCUGGGCAGUGAGAAGGGUAAAUGGCUCUCCUUUUCAUCCAGCCUGAACAAGUAACUGAGGUUACUGAUCUAAUGACCAUCCAUACUCCCACCUCACUUUCAGAUCUAUCCAAUAGCUUCAAAGGGCAAGUAAUUAUAGCUAUUUGUGGGGAAAAUCUUUUUUAAAAUGACAAACCUGAAACUUGUACAGAAUGUCUCAUUUCAAUUUUCAGGGCUGAAAACCGAAGUUACCAUCAAGGGUGGUGCCUGGUGCAGGGGAUUUUGACAGCAAUGCUUGAGGCAGUGGUUGGAGUCCUAACUGAUUCCUUCUCCCAGAGCCUUCAUUUCACCUGAGCAUUUUAUUUCAUUGCUUUUUAGAUGCUGGAUUUAUUCAUACUAUUGCCAGCUCGUAUAAAAAUGGAAAAAUCAUCCUUUUAAAAAAAUCAAGCAAAAUGGGGAGAGAGAGAAAUGGGUAGGGGUAAGUGCGGCUGUACGCGCUUAGUCUCCUUUCAUUAAGUUACGGGUUGUCUUCUCACACUGCCUUCUGCUUCCUUAGCUCAGAGGCCAGGGAAUGCCUUUGCCGCUUCUUUAUGAAUAUUCUGAUUUCUAAAAAAUUCUUAGGUCAGGAGCAGAUGGACAGCAUCCUUCUUUAUGAGCAUUGGAUUUCCUGAGGACGCUGAGGUGGUGGACGUGAAGGGCUUCCCUCCUCUCACGUUCAUAGAGGUACCAUAACUUCAGGCUCCAGAGUGAGGACAGGGAGCCAAAGGAGCUGAGUGGGGGGUGGGGAGGGUGUAAGGUUUGUAGCAGGUGGUUCCCAUUCUAAAGGAAAGUAGUUUCCUCCUGCGCCAUUAUUUGAAGUGAUGUGUUGUUAAAACUGGCCCUGCACGGACCUUUAGACUUGUCAGAGAAACAGGAAGAAAGUCUUCCUCCAGGGGAGGGGCUAGACUGGAAAGUUCCACAGAAGGUGCAUGGUUUGGAUAGCUUUUCAUAACUGGAAGGUGGGGAAUAUUGCUGUUAAAUUUUAAAGUUUGCAUUUCGUUUUUAUUGUUUAAAAAUUGUACUGGCCGUUGAAAACGCUUAGUAAAGUGUGAAUGAGGAUUAUUAUGUAAUCCUUCUAGUAUUUGCUCUCAGGAGAAUGAUUGCUGCUCUACAUCUUUAAAACAUCUUAGGGAGAAAAAUACUUUUGGAAGCAGUAUUAUUUUAGACAUGAAGAAAAUUGAUUCUGUUAGCUUGGGCGUUUUGACCUAACAGAAGUAGCUGAGGAUGGUGGAGCCUGGCUUUACACAUUGCUUUGGCAAGCCCAGCCAGCUCCUUGAAGCUGUGACUGUGUGCCCUGGCUCCUGGGGAGCCUAGAGGUGGAUCAUCCCGUCAGCACUCUCCCAGCUUUCUGGGCCUCUUGCAGGCCUAGGUGUCAGAACCACUUGCCUUUCUCUGUAGGAAGUGUGCAGAAUCCGAUCACUGCUCUGGGAUGCAGUCUGGGGCAGGGCACACUGUCACCUUAGCCUUUAGGGACACAGAGUUGUCAGGGUAGGGGAGAAACCAUUUAGGUCUAUCCCCUUGACAUGGCUUUCCUACCUGAUUAUGCUGGUGCUUGCCAAGAUAUUUAAGACAACCAGGACACUCAAGAAGUAUGCAGUCCGCAGAUAGAGUGUCUGAUGAAAAGAACAGGUUAGCCUUCUUGACAGAAAUGCUCACUAGCCAUCCUUGGCAGUGUCUCCAAUCAGAAGUCCCCCUGUGCCUGCUCUAGGAAUUUUUUUCAGAAUAAACCCUCAGGUGGAUUCCUGGAUAGUCUUUGCAGCACUCCCAUCAGGCUGAAUGACUACGCUCAGUGCAAAAAGGUGUUUUGCUGUCAAGUUGAUUCAACGCAUUUCCAGUCUUCCCUAGAAUGGUUUAGUUGCUUAAAGUUGGUGUUACAAUCCUGACCAGUGUAAAGCCGCCUAAUUAUUGCAGCUUAAAGAAUCUAGCUACUUCUACUCUUCAUGAAUCUGCUCAAAUAAAGAUGGUUUUGCAUAUUUAAAUCUGGCAAAAUAUUAAUUCAGAUGGUACAAGCUCACAAUUUUUUGGUGCCCCUAUACUCACAUUGUGAACAGACAUAUUUCGCUAGUUUAGACUUGGUACUCUUGAUGAGAAUGCUCAGGUCGAAAAAGGCUGGUCUCACCAAUCCAACAUCUAUAGCAAUGUGGUAAAAUCCAUCAACUCAUGUUUCACUAACUUGAUGUAUGUUGUGGUCUUGGAGGAAUGAGGUGUGAAGUGUAUAUUUGAACUGUCUGGGAUGGGGGAAGGGAUCGCUUAAGCAAAUAGUGGAGUGAUUGUGGAACAAGAUGUCUCUCUAAGACAAGAAAUUAUUUUUGUGCAUCAUAGAAGCAUUCUUUCACCCAUGAGUGGUUGUGCUAACUAUAAAUCCUAUAUAUCUAUACAUUAAAGCAGGUUCCUUCCAUUAGGCAACAUUUGGCCAGCCAAGCCCGUUAUCAUUUGUACUUGAAAGUAAUAAAGCUGCAUUUCCUUAAAAAUGCA